CAUGACGUAGAGGGAACCCGCGGGGCUGCGGGGAGGCCACGCUCCCUCCCUGCGCGGUGACGUCACCCGCGGUGGCCAAUGGCGGCGCGGCCCGCGCGGGGGAUUUCCAGCUACGGCGGCCCCGGUGGGACAUGGCGCUGCCGCCCGGAGCUGCCCUGCAGGAUCCCGGCUUGGCUAUGGCACACGCGGCUCCCGGUGCCGGGUUUCCCUUCGCAGAUGAUUUAGAGAUCAUCGAGGAGGUGAUGAAGGAGGACGGUUUCCAGCUGGAUCCCAUCCCCGUCUCCCCCAAAGCCAAGCUGGUGGCCCGCGGCUCCAGCCCCGUGGUGGCCACGCGGCCGCCGCGCCCACUUGAGCCGUGCCAGUCGGCACCGUACGGCGCCGCGGUGCUGCUGGCCGACGCCCGGUCCCCGCCGCUCGCCCAUAGCCUCAGCGCCCUCUCGCUGUCACCCAAACUGGUGCCACGUGGCACAACGGGGACCGGUGGGCGGCACCGCUGGUCUCCGGCUACCGGACACGGGAAAGAACAACUGGAGGAGCUUCUGGAGCCACCAAAGCUGGUGAUCACCGAGCAACCCAAGCAGCGCGGCAUGCGCUUCCGCUACGAGUGCGAGGGCCGCUCGGCCGGCAGCAUCCUCGGCGAGAGCAGCACCGACGCCACCAAGACCCUACCGGCCAUCGAGCUUCUGAACUGCCAAACGAUCCCCGAGGUGAAGGUGACGGCGUGCCUGGUGUGGAAGGAUUGGCCCUACCGCGUCCAUCCCCACGGGCUGGUGGGCAAGGACUGCCACAACGGGCUCUGCGAGGUGGUCCUCAAACCCCAGACCAACGCCAAGCACAGCUUUAGCAACCUGGGCAUCCAAUGCGUGAAGAAGAAGGAGAUCGAGGCGGCGAUCGAGAAGAAGCUGCAGUUGGGUAUUGACCCUUUCAAAGCCGGUUCCCUCAAGAACCACCAGGAGGUGGACAUGAACGUGGUGAGGAUCUGCUUCCAGGCUUCCUACAAGGACGUCUCCGGGCAGACGCGGCAUCUCAGCCCUGUGCUUUCGGAACCCAUCUUUGACAAGAAGUCCACCAACACUUCGGAGCUACGGAUCUGCCGGAUGAACAAAGAGAGCGGUCCUUGCACGGGCGGCGAGGAGCUCUACCUGCUGUGUGACAAGGUCCAGAAAGAGGACAUCGCGGUGGUUUUCCGGAAGGAGACGUGGGAGGCCCGGGCGGACUUCUCGCAGGCCGACGUGCACCGCCAGGUCGCCAUCGUCUUCAAGACGCCGCCCUACCAGCACCUGGAGUUGGUGGAACCCGUGGAAGUGGAGGUCUUCUUGCAACGGCUGACGGACAGCGUCUGCAGCGAGUCCUUCCGCUUCACGUACCUUCCCAAGGACCACGACGCCUACGGAGUGAACGUCAAGCGGAAGCGCGGAAUGCCCGACGUCCUCGAGGAGCUCUCGGGCUCAGAUCCCUACGGGAUUGAAGCCAAGCGGAGGAAGAAGCCACCGGGAUACAUGGACCACUUUGCCCCGGUGGCAGGGAGCCCCCAGCCCAGCUCCGCCUGUCCCCUGGGCUCCAGCGCCAGGAUGUGGCACGAGGCCCGCAAGCACGAGCGCAAGCUGCGGGGGAUGAUGGUCGACUACAAGAAACGUGCGGAGCGGCGCCGCGAGUACUACGAGAAGAUCAAAAAGGACCCAGCGCAGUUCCUGCAGGUGCACGGCCGGGCCUGCAAAGUCCACCUCGACUCGGCCGUCGCGCUGGCGGCCGAGAGCCCCGUCAACAUGAUGCCUUGGCAAGGGGACACCAACAACAUGAUCGACCGCUUCGACGUGCGGGCGCACCUGGACUACAUCCCCAUGUACACCCCACCCCUGCUGAACCCCAUCUCCCCAGAACAGGAAUCUGAUGAGCGGAAAUGCAACUACGAGCGGUACCGAGGGCUGGUGCAGAACGACUUUGCUGGCAUCUCGGAGGAGCAGUGUCUCUACCAGAUCUACAUCGACGAGCUCUACGGGGGCCUCCAGAAGCCAAACGAGGAUGAGAAAAAGAAGCUGGCGGAGAAGAAGGCCUCCAUUGGCUACACGUACGAGGACAGCACCGUGGCCGAGCUCGAGAACUCCCUGGAGAAGCACGGAGAGGAGGAAGACUCCGAGGAAGAGAGCAACACAGAUGAAGAUGAAGUCAUCCCUGAUAUCGACGUGGAAGUGGACGUGGAUGAGCUGAACCAGGAGCAAGUGGCCGACCUGAACAAGCAAGCGACCACGUACGGCAUGGCAGAGGGCGACUUCGUCAGGAUGUUGCGGAAAGACAAAGAGGAGGCGGAAGCAAUUAAAAAUGCCAAAGCUCUGGAAGAGGAAAAGGCAAUGUACUCGGGCCGUCGCUCGCGCCGCCAGAGGAGAGAAUUCAGGGAGAAACGCUUGAAAGGGAGGAAAAUCAGCCCACCCAGCUACGCACGGAGAGACAGCCCCACCUACGAUCCCUACAAACGCUCGCCGUCGGAGUCCAGCUCCGAAUCCCGCUCGCGGUCGCGCACUCCGUCUCUCGGCCACGAGGAGAAGAUCACCUUCAUCACCAGCUUUGGCGGCAGCGAUGAAGAAGCGGCGGCGGCGGCAGCAUCGGCGCAAGCCGGUGGCGUCCCUGGAAAAGCCACCGCUCCUGGCAAACAGCGCUGUGCCCCAGGGCAGCCGGGCAGCGCCACGACAGGUCAUAGCGCCUUGUCCCGGAGACGCUCUUCAUCCUCCUCCACCUCGCCGUCCUCCUCCUCGUCCUCCAGCUCCCGCUCCAGCUCCCGCUCGCACCGAGGCGGUGGCUACCACCGCUCCAGCCGCUAUUGCCGCUCGCACAGCCGCCGUUACUCGCGCUCCCGCAGCCGCAGCCGCCGCUACUCCGGAGGAGGUUCCUGGGACAGCCGGCGCCGCUCUCGCUCCUAUUCCCCUGACCGGGGGUAUCGCUACAGCUCCCGCCGCCGCUCCAGGAGCCGUUCCAGGUCCGGAGAGCGUUACCGGCGAAGCGGCCGGUGCAGCCGCCACUGGAGCAGCAGCCGAAGCCCCAGCGACUCGCAGAGCCGCAGCAAGUCGGCGUCUCCGGUGCGAGAGAAGCCGCCGAGGCCCGCAGCGUCGCCCGCUGUGGGGGAGAAACUGAAAAAGGCUGACACUGCUGCCGGUAAAGAGACAGGAGCUGCCAAACCCAAGCUGACGCCGCAGGAGAAGCUGAAGCUGCGCAUGCAGAAAGCGCUGAACCGGCAGUUUAAAGCUGAUAAAAAGGCAGCACAGGAGAAAAUGCUGCAACAGGAGCACGAGAGACAGGAACGGGAGGAUGAGCUGCGUGCCAUGGCUCGGAAGAUCCGCAUGAAGGAGCGAGAACGCCGGGAGAAGGAGCGGGAGGAAUGGGAGCGGCAGUACAGCCGGCAGAGUCGGUCCCCGUCCCCGUCGCCGCGCUACAGCCGGGAUCACAGCUCCUCCCGCAGGCGCUCCCGAUCCCGGUCCCGAUCCCGAUCCCGGAGCCCUCACUACCGGCACUGACAGCGAUGGUGCCGGAUCUGCCGACGACAAAUAAAGAUGGAAAACUCUGAUCA